UUCCAGGUCUGCAUACACUGUGUAAGCGGUGCGCGUUGAAUUUUAUACUCGAGGUUGGUAAGUCUUGUCUAUUCAUCGCUGUAAAACAUGAUGGAAGAAGAUUCUACGGGCUUUGGCGAUUUACUACAGCAGGCGCAACAGCUGACAGCUGAUAUAGACGGGUACGCCGACCUACCAAGGGUCCAGCGCAACCUCAAACAAAUCCUUGAGGAAGGCCAACAGCUAUGGGCCCGGACGACACAACUUGCACCGAAAGACACUACGGACGUGAAAGCCUCCAUUCUUCUGGGCUCCAAAGGCUUCGACCUUCCAAAAGUGUCACAGAAACUCGAUUCCCUAAGCGUUGCGAAGACGUUUGAACCCAUCGAGCCCAUACAGGAGACAGAUAUUCAGGGCUUCCUAAGAAAUGAACGGGAGAAUGCCAUAUUGUCCGUCAUCGAGGAAUCUACAAAGACGACUCUGCAGGAAUCUGACAAAUUCUACUGGGACGUGGCCUUCAACAACUGGCAGAAGGAAAAACAAAACAUUCUCAACUCUCUCCUGGGUUCGUCUCAGGAAGUGAUGGACGUCAGUAUCCCUUCUGCUUCUUUAUUACCAGACACAAGCAUCAACAUGAAGACUAGAAGCACAAUGUCGAACGCCGAGAUCGCGUACGCUCGCGAGGUUUUCCUGUACAACGAACAAGUCGUACAGGGCGGAAUGAGACCGAACCUUGCCAGUCGCUGUAAAGCUAUGGCGAAGGAGAUCGACGACAAGAACGCGGUCGACCUGUGGGACAUGGUCUGUUACUUAACAGAAGUCCCAUUGCAGACGGCGAGAGACACCUACGCCGAGCGGACGUCCGCUGUAUUGCAGGCUGUGUUCAUACGUCAAGCUCGAAAGUAUUUGGAGCGAAGUUACAUGUUGUACAUGCAGAUGAUAGUGUUUGGGAACUUGAAUCAAGCGGCGCUAGGUGGCGUACCAGGAACACUGAACCUCGUCAGAGGUUUCCUCAACGUGAGGUUGCCACCAGGCAGGUCUGAGGAUGGAAUUGUGGAAGGCCAUCCGGUGUGGGCGGUCAUCUACUACUGCCUCCGCUGCGGAGAAGUCGAGGCGGCCCUCGAGGCAGCAAACAAAGCCGGAAACUCUGUCGGAGACAUCGCCUCGUACCUGUCGGAGUACCUGCAGUCGCCGGACCACCGGCUGAACCCGAGCAGCGAGGGCCAAGUGCGGCUCCAGUACGCGCGUUCCGUGCGGGCCAGUUCCGACCAGUUCAAGCGGGCCGUCUACUGCAUUCUGGGUGGAUGUGACGUCACGGACGAUCAUCCUGACGUUGCUACAAAGGUUGAAGAUUACCUCUGGCUCCGCCUUUGUCAAGUUCAUCUCGAUGAUGCCGAAGUUGAGGCCUCUCAACACGAUCAUCUUACGUUGUCUCGUCUGCAAACGCUUCUGCUCGAAGAGCACGGAGAAACCCAUUUCGACGCUUAUCACCAGCCCUUCCUCUAUUUCAAGGUGCUUUUCCUGACAGCCCAGUUUGAAGCUGCCAUAGACUUCCUGUCUCGUCUGGACAACCUCCGCUGUCACGCCGUCCACAUCGCCAUCGUCCUCUACGAGUCGAACCUUCUCUUAACCCCUUCGUCGAUCCACGUUGCCAUUCUAUCCGCGCAAAACGGAGACUCUCCGCCAACACGCCGCCUCAACUUUGCCCGUCUCCUGAUGACAUACACGCGGAAGUUCGAAUCGACUGAUCCGCGAGAAGCACUGCAGUACUUCUACUUCCUCCGCAACCUGAAGGGUCUCCACAGCGAGAACUUGUUUGUGGCAUGCAUCAGCGAGUUGGUCCUGGAAACUCGAGAAUUCGAGGCACUUUUGGGAAAGCUGGAAGCGGACGGGUCGAGAAAACAUGGCGCAGUUGACUGUUUCCUCGGCGAUACUCAACGGAUCGUUGAAGCAGUCGCAACUGACAGCGAAAAACGUGGGUUAUAUGAGGAUGCAGUCAAGUUGUACGACUUAGCGGGAAAACACGAGGAAGCUGUUAGACUGUUGAAUAAACUGUUGGGACAAGUCGUUCCACAGCAGAGCACGGCGGGGUCAACGAGGGAGAGGGUGGAGACGUUAGCUGUCGAGAUUGCAAAGAGGUAUCGCACCAAUGGGUCAUCCGCAUCGACGGACACAAUGUCAACUCUCUACCUCCUGCUUGACUUGGCAACGUUCUUCAACCAAGCUCACUCAGGAAAAAAGACGCAAGCUCUGGAAACAAUGCAGAAGUUGAAUUUGCUGCCGUUCUCCACGGAAGAGGUUGAAACAAAAGUGACAAACUUCUCCCUGUUCACGGAGGAAAUUCGAUGCAUCUUGGCAGAUGUGUUGCUGGCAACCAUGAACUUACUCCACACGCAGUACAAGGAACUGCGGAGCGGCGGGACUUCAGGUACUGCAAUGCUCAGUGGACGGGGAAAGGACACGGAAGGUCAGCUGCUGUACCUGCGAAUGCAAGCUCGGGCAUUGAUCACGUUUGCUGGUAUGAUUCCGUACCGAAUGCCUGGAGACACAAAUGCUCGGUUGGUGCAGAUGGAAGUGUUGAUGACGUAAUAGUUUGUCUGUCAAUUGUUCCCUUGUACAUUAUGUUUAAUAAACGGUAACACAUUUACUACAUGCA